UCGGCGGGGCCGCCCCGGGAGGAGGGCCCGCUGCGGGGAGGCGGCCGGGCGGGAGCAGGAGCACACGGCGGGGCCGGCGGCGUGCGCGGGUGGAGGGCUGGCUGGGCUCCGUCCCGCCGCGGGGCAGCGGGCGACAUGCGGGUGGUGGCUCUCAUCAGUGGUGGGAAGGACAGCUGUUAUAAUAUGAUGAAAUGUGUUGCUGCUGGGCAUCAAAUUGUUGCUCUAGCCAAUUUAAGACCUGCUGAAAGUACAGGGCGUACUGAUGAAUUGGACAGCUAUAUGUAUCAGACAGUUGGACACCAUGCCAUUGAGUUCUAUGCUGAUGCAUUGGAUUUGCCACUCUAUCGUUGUUUCAUUAAGGGUACCAGCGUAAAUACUGGAAGAGUGUAUACCGCAUGUCAGGAGGAUGAGGUUGAAGACCUUUACCACCUCUUGAAACUUGUUAAGGGCAUCUCUAGUGUGACCUUGCCUGCUGAAUAUGAUGUUCUGGGUUGCAAGAUUCUCACAUGCAUUUGGAAAUGGGCAGCCAGAUGCAGAAGGCUUAGUCUUCAGCCUUUAGCUUACCUUUGGCGUCAAAAGCAGGAUAUACUGCUUAAAGAAAUGAUAUCAUCUAACGUUCAAGCCAUAAUCAUAAAAGUAGCAGCUUUUGGUUUAGAUCCAGAUAAGCAUCUAGGAAAAACAUUGGAUCAAAUGGAGCCUUAUCUUUUGGAGCUUUCUGAGAAAUACGGAGUCCAUGUUUGUGGAGAAGGUGGAGAAUACGAAACAUUCACUCUGGACUGCCCUCUGUUUAAGAAGAAAAUUGUUGUAGAUUCAGCAAAGGUGGUUGUUCAUUCAGCUGAUGCAUUCGCACCUGUGGCCUACCUUCAUUUUUUAAAAUUGCACCUGGAGAAUAAGGGGGAGUCUUCAGAUAUGUUUAAGAUCAAUAGCUGUUCUUGUGACAUAACUUGCAAUGAUGGAGACGUUUUACCUUCAUCAGAAGUGGAAGAACCACAGAAAAUCAUUCCAAUCAUCUGGAAGUCUUUGAAGCAUAAUUCUUUGGAUUUCACUAAGACAUUUGGAAGCUCAGGAAAAUCCAUGAAUGGUUACCAGUGGUUUUCAGGUAUCACUGCACAUUUUCUUCCAUCAAAAGGCAAAACUGCACAGGAGGCAGCAAUGGAAGCGUUUUCUUCUCUCCAAGCUAAUAUGACUUCAGUGGGAUUGAAACUAAAGGAUAUUAUUUUGGUUCAUCUGUAUGUGAAGAGCAUGAAAGAUUUCAAUGUUAUAAAUUCAAUUUAUGUGACAGAAUUUGAUUUGUGUCCACCAGCAAGAGUGUGUGUGGAAACCCUGUUACCUGAUGGAGUACUAUUUUGCAUUGAUUGCCUUGCACAUAGCAAUGACAUUGCAACAGAUGGCAUGUUAAGUGAUGAAAAACUGGUCUUGCAUGUACAGAGCAUUUCCCACUGGGCACCUGCUAGCAUAGGACCUUACAGUCAAUCCAUCAAGGUUGGAGAUGUUCUCUACUGCGCUGGACAGAUAGCUUUAGUACCUUGUACUAUGCAGCUUGUUAGUGGCGGUAUAUGGACAGAGGGUGUAGUUGCCCUCCGUCAUGUUGAGAGAGUUCUUCAAGCUAUGAGCCAGAAGACGGCACUCCACUACGUCAUCACAGCGAGCUGCUAUGUAACUGACAGCAAGCACAUUCCUGUUGCUCAUUCUAUAUGGCAGAAGAAAUUAAGAGAAAGUAAAAAGGUUGAAGAUUUGGAGACAUAUAAUGACAUAGCUGCAGAGUGUGGGAUGCUCACUGUGGUUGUUGUUUCUCACUUACCCAAAGAUGCUGCCAUUGAAUGGCAUGUUAUUGCUGUAGUUGAUGAUCCACCUCAGAGAAAACAUUUUGCAAUGAAGAUGCUAUCAGAGGGCUUCCAAAUUGAUUGUGAAUCUGUGGAGUCCAGUUCUGCAUCUUGUGCUUCAAUCUCUGUAUGCCUGAGCUUGAUUUCUCCAUCUGCUUCUCAGCUUGAUUUAGAUGGACCUCUUCAUGACGUAGUUUCUGUGUUCAGACAAGCAGUUGAGAAACUUUCAGAAGACUGCAAUGCAAGUCCUUUGUCUUUUAGAGCUUUCUUCAAGAAGGAUAUUUUUGAUGCUGGAGCACUACAGACAGGACUUCAAGAAAACCUUGAAAAAUACUUGGGCAAGAAGACCCCAGCUCUGAUUUUAGUCCCUGCGGUGGAUUUACCUGGCAAGGAAGUUAUUCAUGCAACAUGCUGGCUAAGCUAGCAGUCUAAAAGAGAUGAGCUGAUACCAAAACACACAUUCAUCCAGGAAAGAACAAAGAAAAGAAUUGAUCACAACUAUGUUGGAUACUUUCAUUAAGCAAUAUUGUUUGAUUUAAGCAAAGUCAUAUUUAGCUUGUUAAUGAUGCCUUAUGAUAUGUGACAGAGUCAGCUUUGUAUGAACAAUAAAGGUUUCUUUUCAAAAUA